CAAGCAAGCUGAACCACCACCAAACUACCAUCAUGGGAAAGAUUGUCUUCUACGAGGAUCGUAACUUCCAGGGUCGCUCCUAUGAGUGCAUGAGCGACUGUUCCGACAUGUCCUCCUACAUCAACCACUGCCAGUCCUGCAGGGUGGACAGUGGCUGCUUCAUGGUGUACGAGCGCCCCAACUACAUGGGUCAGCAGUUCUUUAUGAGGAGGGGAGAAUACAGCGACAUGCAGCGCAUGAUGAGCAUGGGCAUGAUGUUUGACAACAUCCGCUCCUGCAGGAUGAUCUCCCAUCACAGAGGCUCAUUCAGGAUGAGGAUCUACGAGAGGGAGAACUUCGGAGGCCAGAUGCACGAGCUGAUGGACGACUGUGACUCCAUCAUGGAUCGUCACCGCAUGUCUGACUGCCAGUCCUGCAAUGUCAUGGAUGGCCACUGGCUGAUGUAUGAGCAGCCCCACUUCAGAGGCAGGAUGAUGUACAUGAGGCCUGGAGAGUACAAGAGCUUCAGAGAGAUGGGCAUGGGCAUGGGAAUGGGAGGCAUGAGGUUCAUGAGCAUGAGGCGUAUCACUGAUAUGUGCUAAAUUUUUGAUUAAUUGAAAUAAAAUCUCAUUUAUAAUUAAAAUAUUGAAAUCCUCAAAA